GGACGCAGCGGCUCUUCUCCUGCUGCAUGGUUUUUAGAAUAGACGUUCAUAUGAACCAAAAACAUUUAAUUAACUUAUACAAACGAACUCAUUAGCAAACAGGUUGGAGACGAAACCGCCUGUGGUGAUCAGCCUGUUAUUUGUGGACUGUAGUUAAGGAUCCCUCGAAUACAGCUGAGUAAUGCACCCUUCACUUCUGGACGUUUGAAGGUCUCAACUAAUUGGCUGUCAUGGAGGCCCACACCCUGCUGCACCUGCACAAACCAAUCAGAGAGAAGAGUCAAAUAAGUAUGCUUUUCUCAACCUGCACCAUCCAACACCACUCUUAGGAAAGUGUGAUUGCUUGUGAGAUUAGGAAAGUGAUUCGUCAUGGGGUUAAAGAGGAGGGGCCCCAGAAGGCAGGCGAAGGAUCUUAGUGAGACAGAAAAGGUCAAAAAGGGGGUGCUUACAGAAAUACACUUGCUGGAGGACUUGUUGGCUUUGUGUGCUGCUUGCAUUGCCAAUGUUGCUAUGGGGAAUCAUCAGGGCAACAAGAAUUCCAGUCUCCUUAACAACUUGGAAUUUGAGAGUGCUUGUCAAAGAGGAAAUGGACUGAGUUGCUCCGCCAGCCCACAGCACACGCUUCACAUAUCUUCAAGGGCCCUGAGAACAUCAUUCAAAGGACGCAGGUCAAGGAGAUUGAGGAUAAUGAAUGUGGAGAAGAGGUUGCAGAGUAUAAUUGAACAAAUUGACAGAACUGAACUACUCCCAAGAAGUGCGUCAGAGACCAUUAAGGAAGGAAAUGAGCAGUACGGUUCUCAGAUUUUGGACUUUGCAAGUGGAUUUAAGACUUCUUUGGUACUUUCCAGCAGAACACAUUCCACAGAGGGUCAAACAUCCAACCUGACAUUCUCUGAAACAACAGAAUAUCCUAGAAAUUCUGAGAUGGCCAAUGAUUUGUCAGACUGUGAUGAACUUUACGUUGGUAACUGGAGUAUAGAAGACCAUUUUGAGAGUUCACAAGGAGAGAUUGAUCCACAAAGUAAUUUAGCUGUUGGACUGAAAGAGCUGGCCCUUCCAAUGAAAGAUGUGAGGGUGAAAGAAAGCUUGUGGGAUCAUCAAUCAACCCCAUCAAAAGUUAGAAUGAAGGUAGGGCAGUUGGAGGGCAUCAUUAAACGUAUCAGCAUAAUCACCCUGGACCAACUCCGAGGUUGCCUUGACUCUCCAGAGCAGACCUCAACCGCAAGUGGAUUGGUACACACAGAUGACAAAUUACCCAUGUCUGAGAUCAGAGACAACAACCAAGAGGAGUUUCUGCCCAUGGAAAAGUUUCUGGGAAAAGACAUGGACCAAAGCCUCCAGAGAGCUCUCGAGGCAGGUGCACGCUUUGCACACUAUGGUGAGGACUGUGUGGGCAUUAGAGGUCCACAAAUGAAGCAGAUGAGCUCAGUCUGGACACAAGAUCCAGAGACUGUCAAUCAAGAACCUAUAUAUAUCUUCCAGAUGAACCCAGUGAUGCCAACAAAAAGCAAACCAGAGAGGAAGACCACCUGCUCAUGCUCUGCCUUUAUAUACUUACUUAGCUCCAGCAACGACCUGGGAAGUACAUCCCCCUUGGGUCCCCGUUGUUCCUCAGAUCACUCCAUUCCCAUGGAUGGCAGCAGCUUCAGUGGAUCUGUGUCUUUUCUGGACAGUCUGAAUAACAACCAGACUUCACAAACUUUUACAACCAUGCUCAUCUCCCUUACAGCAGGCCUAAUUUCAUCUUCAUGGACGACAGUGCUCCAGCUCAUCUAGGCCGCAUCAUUAGGGAACGACUGCUGGAGACUGGGGUGCCUCAAAUGGAGUGGCCUGCCCUUUCUCCAGACCUGAAUCCCAUAGAAAACCUAUAGGAUCAGCUGAGUCGCUGUUUAGCGGCUCGUAACUCUGUACCCCAGAACCUCAAUGACCUGAGGGCCGCCCUUCAAGAAGAGUGGGAUGCCAUGCCUCAGCAGACAAUUAGUCGACUUGUGAACAGCAUGAGACGUCGUUGUCAAGCUGUAAUUGAUGCUCAAGGGCACAUGACAAGUUAUUGAGACAUUGAG